UACUAGUAUAACAAGUAAUCGGUAUAGUUAUGGGAAAACAUUCGAUUCCGCCAACUGUGUUUUGUGUGCAUGAUGCAACGGUACUGUUCAACACCAUGAACUGAAUUUGUUCUUUUCGGGUUUAUAGUUAUUUCAUGCCAGAUGCUGCACUACAUGAGGAAUUCCUACGAUAGAACGCUAUACAAUUAACAAUAAAACGUGAUUAUAAGAAAAGGAUAUAUAAUAGUAUACAGAUUAGCAACUAUCGACCUAUUCGCUACUAGGUAACCAAUAAUUGUCGCCAUGAACACCACGCAGAUACCAUGGAAUGUAACGACAACGAACGGCAACAUGGACGUGCAACUCAGCCACACAUGGAAUAUUCCAUUCGCUGCAAAACUCGUCGCGAUCCUAGUAUUAUCCAUCAAUUUGCUCCUCGGCAGUUCAUCCAACUGCAUACUCAUAAUAAUUAUUAACAAUUCGCCCACCCUGAAAACGCCGGCAAAUAGUCAUCUGAUAAAUAUUUGCGCAAACAAUCUGAUCCUGUGCUUAUCAAUGCUUUUGUCACUUAUAUCGAUUCUUCUGCCAACGAAUUACAAGACAAAUACAACUAUUCUCACAGGGUUUCACAUUUUUCUAACGUUCAACUGUUUCUUACAAUACUGGGGAACGUUCGCGUCCAUUAGCUAUUACAGAUCAAAAAUUGUAAAUAGCCCGUCCUUGGUUGUCAAACGCCGACGGCAGAUUAUAUCGCGAUGCUUGGUAAUGUCGUGGGUGACGUCAGUGCUCGUGAGUCUGAUGGUGUGCCUGGCGCACAUCGAGUACGACGUGUAUGCCUGCAGGAGUAUCAACCCAUUCCAGAAUACAUUCAUGUAUUGUCAAGGCAACAACAAAAUGUCUUCACAACAGCUAGGAAUAAUUAUGAUCAGCCUAAUCAUAUUCAUUGCAAUGUUUGUCAUUAUAUGCACCUCGUAUCAAAAGGUAUUCAAAGCUUUAAAUAAAACAAAUACCUUUGGUAGAAAUAGAGUGUUCCCGCUUUCUACGCGAUCUGCAAGUUUGCCCUCGGAAGGAGAGAGAAGUAAUUGUUCGCCUCAGGAUGAUGGAUCUAAAAUGGUACAUUCAUCCCAUCGAGAGCGGGUGGUGUAUACCAUCUCGAGGAAUUCCGGCACCGACGAGUUUAUUGUCCACUACACGAGGAAUGACAGUAUAAACAUGUUGUCAUUCGAAGAUAUACUGGCCUUGGAAAACCCAAUCUUAGCAUCUCAACUACGCAAACAAAUUGUUCAGAAACGCAACGUUUAUCUCACGCGAAGCAAUGCGAGUAAUACGUCCGUAAAAUCGAAAUGCCCGGACUUUACCGACAUCUCCGCCAGCGCCGAUCUUCAAAGGUUUCAAAACUUGAAAAACAAUUCUGCUCUCCGAAAUCAUUUCAUAAGGAGGGACCGGAUGGGGUUUAAUAGUGCAACUCGGAACAGUUUGGUGAUGCUGGCGUCUUUUGUAGUCUGCUCCCUGCCAAUGUUCGUCUGCGAAAUUCCUACGGUGCUCACCAGCCAAUCCGAAAGUCACAGAGUGCUUAUUCUGAUGUUUACGGAGCUGGUGUUUUGUUUGAAUGCCCCUAUCUAUCCACUGUGGUACCUGGUACAAAACAAACGUGUGCGUAAAUGUUUACUUAGAGUGAUGGACACGAUUUGCAUGAGUUUGCGUAUCAGACGUUAAUAUUAGUGUGUUCUUCGUUACAAAACAAGCCAUGUGCUUUAAAUAAAGUACAGUAAACAAUAAAGAUGCAUGAGUAUACUGAAUGUGCAUAAUUGGAGUAGAGUAACAUGUUCACGCAUACAAGUAUUGUGUUUCUGUAUUAUAAGUAAGAAAGGAGAACAUAUGAGCAACCUGAGAAUGCGUCCAACGCCCUCACAUAUUUUUUUUUCAUGUAACUGUAAUAAAAUACUGAAUGUAACAUUUAAUUAAUAUUCUAAAUCAAGCGAUAGUUAAAUUAGUGUAUACAUUAAUAGAACAACUGGUAGCCGCCUUAUUGUUUGAUAAUAUUUUAGGUGAGGCGAAAAGCCUGUGUUAUUUCAUCAACGAUAGGGCAACAACCUCUGUCAUGCCCCGACGCCCACUUGUGUUAUGACAUAUUUCAACUAAUCGUUACGUCAGAGUAUUUUUAUCGUUGAUCAUUUUGAUUUAUUACGUUGACGUGUAAUUCGUGAAGUCAUGAGCACUUGAAUUUAAC